UGCCACAGUGCACAAUGCCACCCAUAUAUUUCAGUCGUCGCAUGUCGCCACUUUGUGCAACAUGCACAUUGAUCAACGGAGAGGCAAGUAUGUGGCAGUGUUCAGUGGGAGGAUGGAGGGCCCAGGACGGAUUCCUCCCGGCUGACUUAUUCCUCCGACAUAUUGGUUCCGUCCGUCCAUUGUUGCGUGCGCAUUUCAGCGUACGAAAUCAAGUGCUGCCAACAUAUCGCAGUCACGACUCCUCGGACAUGGUCAACUGGGCUUCAAUGGGAAGCGCUUUCCGUCCUCGACGGCUGGGUUUAUUUGGAAUUGAUGGCCCGUCGGCUGGCGGAUUGCACAGAACCCGUCUGUCUGAAUGGCUGGGUGGGUAAGUGGCGUUAUGACUCGUAGAGCCCAGUUGCCAAACUGUGCAAAACUUACAGCACAUUUCCGUUGGCCAACUCAGCCAACUGCUCUGGCCAAAAUCCAUGAAGCCGUUACCAAGCAUUCAUGUUUUGUAAGUGAAAAGGAAAGGAUGAUUUCAUGGGUAUGUCUGUAUAUUUAGUUUAUUUGUAAAAUAAAUGUCGGAAUAUCAAAGCAUAAACUUGGUCGCUUAAAUUAUUAACAAUUCCUUUGGAGUAUUCUUAUUUAAACAAAAGUUUUACCAACCGAGCUUAUCAUUUAUUCAUAUUAUCAGAAUAAAAAUAUAUUUUUCUUGGUGCUCGCUGCAACAUGUAAUUUAAAGUUUACUAAGUUGUGAACAUAUAAUUGAACAGUUUAUAGAAAUUUAGUCAUGAAACACAAAAAGCCAUAAAAGGGUUAGACAAAAGCCUUAGAUCUAAGUAAUAUUCUUGGUCACAAUGAAGAGCACAACCAAGGAAGAAAGGAUUAAGGACGACUCCAAGCGUCGCGACCUGUUCGUAUUUGUGAGGCAAACCAUGUGUGUAGCGGCCAUGUAUCCCUUUGGUUACUACGUGAAGGGAUCUGGAGUCCUGGCCGACCUGGUGCGAGUCUGCGACUUGGCCUACGAGCUCUUUAACUACUUCGUAUCGGUGCACAUAGCUGGCCUGUACAUCUGCACCAUUUACAUAAACUAUGGGCAAGGCGACCUGGACUUCUUCGUGAACUGCUUGAUACAAACCAUUAUUUAUCUGUGGACCAUAGCGAUGAAGCUCUACUUUCGGAGGUUCAGAACUGGCUUGCUGAAUGCCAUUCUGUCCAAAAUCAAUGAUGAGUACGAGCCACGUUCGGCUGUGGGAUUCAGCUUCGUCACAAUGGCGGGAUCCUAUCGGAUGUCCAAGCUAUUGAUCAAAACAUAUGUGUACUGCUGCUACGUAGGCACCAUUUUCUGGCUGGCUCUUCCCAUUGCCUACCGGGAUGGGAGUCUACCUCUCGCCUGCUGGUAUCCCUUCGACUAUACGGUGAGUUUUCGAUAUGCAUACACACAUAUGAACGGGAAAUGCUCAUCACUGCAUCAUUUCCAGCAACCUGGUGUCUAUGAGGUAGUGUUCCUCCUCCAGGCGAUGGGACAGAUCCAAGUGGCCGCAUCCUUCGCCUCCUCCAGUGGCCUGCAUAUGGUGCUUUGUGUGCUGAUAUCAGGGCAGUACGAUGUUCUCUUUUGCAGUCUCAAGAAUGUAUUGGCCAGCAGCUAUGUCCUUAUGGGAGCCAAUAUGGCGGAACUUAAUCAAUUGCAGGCUGAGCAAUCUGCGGCCGAUGCCGAGCCAGGUCAAUAUGCUUACUCCGUGGAGGAGGAGACUCCUUUGCAAGAACUUCUGAAAGUUGGGAGCUCAAUGGACUUCUCCUCCGCAUUCAGGCUGUCUUUUGUGCGGUGCAUUCAGCACCACCGAUACAUAGUGGCGGCACUGAAGAAAAUUGAGCGUUUCUACAGUCCCAUAUGGUUCGUGAAGAUUGGCGAAGUCACCUUCCUCAUGUGCCUGGUAGCCUUCGUGUCCACGAAGAGCACCACGGCCAACUCAUUCAUGCGAAUGGUCUCCUUGGGCCAGUACCUGCUCCUGGUUCUCUACGAGCUCUUCAUCAUCUGCUACUUCGCGGACAUCGUUUUCCAGAACAGCCAACGGUGUGGUGAAGCCCUCUGGCGAAGUCCUUGGCAGCGACAUUUGAAGGAGGUUCGCAGCGAUUACAUGUUCUUCAUGCUGAAUUCCCGCAGGCAGUUCCAGCUUACGGCCGGAAAAAUAAGCAAUCUAAACGUGGAUCGUUUCAGAGGGACUAUUACUACUGCCUUCUCGUUUCUCACCUUGCUGCAAAAGAUGGAUUCACGAGAAUAAAAAUAGACUACGGGUUUUCAUAAGAUUAGUGAAAUAAUGA